AUGGGGCUAUAUAUUAUUCCUAAAAAGAUUAUCCAUUUAAUAAAUAUAAUAGUAUGUAUUAUAUGUCCAGCAAUAAAAACCCACAAUUUACUUUUACUUAAAAAAGAGAAAAUAAAUGAGGAAAAUCUUCAAUAUAUUCAUUUUUUAACGUAUUGGAUUUUAUAUUCAUUUUAUUCCUAUAUGGAAAGUGUAUUAAUAAUACAUUUUAUGAAUUAUAUUCCAUUUUAUUAUGAAAUAAAAUUGAUACUUUUUUUCUGGCUAUAUAGUGAUACAUUUCAAGGGGCAGGAUAUUUAUAUUUUAAAUUCAUAGAAAAGAAUUAUAUAAUUUUGGAUAAAAAAAUUAGUGAUUUAAUCGAAAACAAAUUAAAUAAAAAUAUAACAAGUUUUUUUAAUUUUGAUAAAUCUAAUAAUAAUAUUCAUAACAAAAUAAAAACUACUGUUUCAAAAAAAGAUUUAUAUUCAGAAUAA